CUCAGGUGGCGCUUCGUUAUCUCCUGCAGAGAGGGAUUGUCGUUCUUGCAAAAAGCUUCACUGAACACAGAAUCAAAGCGAACCUGCAGGUAUUUGACUUCCAACUGGAGGAGAAGGACAUGAAUUCUCUUUACGCCCUGAAUAAAAAUAUGCGUUAUGAUAACAUGCCUAUGUGGGAGGACCAUCCAAAAUAUCCUUUUCAUGAUGAAUAUUAAUCAUGGAUGGACUGCUACACACACCUACACUAAAGAACAGGCAGGGGAGGCUACAAAGGUGGCCAUCAAUGUUGGCUAUCGUCAUAUUGACUGUGCUUUCAUCUAUGGCAACGAGGUGGAAGUUGGGCUGGCUAUCAAUGCAAAGAUUGCUGAUGGAACGGUGAAGAGAGAGGACAUUUUCUACACCGGAAAGCUGUGGAAUAAUAAUCAUGCCCCAGAAAGGGUCCGUCCGGCUCUGGAGAAAUCUCUAAAGGAUCUCGGACUAGAUUACAUGGAUCUUUUCAUAAUCCACACACCUGUGGAAUUUAAGCCUGGAGAUGAUCCAUAUCCCAAGGACGAAAAUGGAAAAUUUAUUUUUCACAACACUGAUAUCCGGGAUACCUGGAAGGCUUUGGAGGCUUGUAAAGAUGCCGGACUGGUCAGAUCAAUCGGAGUGUCUAACUUUACUCGCAAACAACUGGAGCUGAUCCUCAGUGCACCGGGACUGAAGUAUAAACCUGUCUGUAACCAGGUGGAGUGCCACAUAUUCUUUAAUCGGAGCAAACUGCUGGAAUUCUGUAAAUCCAAAGACAUUGUGCUGGUUGGGUACAGCGUCCUGGGCUCAAGUAGAGCUGAGGGCUGGAUAGAUCAAAACUCACCCCAAGUGCUGGAAGAUCCUGUUCUCAAUGAAGUGGCGAAGAAGGUUGGAUGGUCUGCAGCGCAGGUGGCGAUGCGUUAUCUACUGCAGAGAGGGAUUGUUGUCCUCGCAAAGAGCUUCACUGCAGAGAGAAUCAAACAAAACAUCCAGGUGAUUCAAACACAGAUAUGAACCAUCUUAAAAUGU